CCCAUUCCUGCAUCCAUGCAUUGCAUGGUGGAAUAACAGGAGAACAGCUCAAAGGGUUUCAUGGCCCUUCAAAAAAUUGCUAGGCAUAAGAUAGAAACUUCUUCUUCUUCUUACCCUCAAUAAUCCCCAUCCACCCACAAGGCGCCCCUCCGCUGCGCUUUGGCUUGGCAACGCGGAGGGAGGGUCACGCAAUAAUACUCGAGGAAUUAAGAAGAGAUUUGAGGGAGGAGCAGCAUAAUUAAUAUGCCAUUGGCCUAACAAGAAGAUUUGGAUCUUGUUUACAGCAAAUUUUGAGGCUGCCCUGGCAGACGAUUUUGACAAUUAAUUAAGAAGAGAAGGUGCUUGCACACACACAUAAUAAGGAGUUAGCAGAGGUGAAAAGGGCAUGAGCACAAAGAUGAAGAAGGGAAUCCUAAGACCGUUCCGCUACAUCUCUAACAUGAUGGAUGGUAAGGAUGCACAGGAGAUGCAAAUUGGAUUCCCCACGGAUGUGAAACAUGUGGCACAUAUUGGAUGGGAUGGCCCCAGUGUCCCCAACAACAAUAAUGCUGCUGGAGCACCUACUUGGAUGAAGGAUUACCACUCGGCGCCACUGGACUCAGCCUCAUUUAGGAGUGACAGAGGGGGCUCUGCUGCAUCAAAUCCAUGGGCUUCUCAAGAAAUCGUCGUAGAUGGAGGAAGCCUAGGAGACACAUCCUUCAGAGAAACCCAAAGCGAGGCCGGCAGCAUGGACAUCACCGCCGGCGACUCCCCGCCGUCGCCCAACACCCGCCGGUCGAGGCGGCACCGCUCCCGGGGCUCCGCCGCGACGUCCUCCAUGGACUGCACGGGAACCGAGGCCGGCUCGGAGAAGAAGGAGAAGGCCAAGAAGAGCUCCCGCGGCAAGAACCGUAAGAAGGACAAGUCCGACAAGUCGGCCGCCGCCGGCGACGACGCGGCGGCCGCUGGCGCCACCUGCCAGGACCUCCCCGCCGUGCCCAAGAAGUCCAACCGCCGGAAAAACAAGGGCAGCUCGGAGGGCAGCGGCGCGUCCGCUCCAGCCAAGGACGCCGGCGCCGCGGCAGAGGAGUCGGCGGCGCCAUUACCGCCGGCGAUCGAAGAAGCUAAGGAUUGAUCAAAUUUUUUGGGAGACGACGAAACUAAUUAAUCUACUUCUCUCACGCUCCGGAUCGAGUGCUUCGGUUUAGGUGUGGAUGGUAUAACGGUUUAUAUAGAGUGCUCGGAUGCAAUGCAUGCAUGGCCAUGGCCGGCGUCCAUGCAUGCAUGGCUACACGUAUGUUUACGCGCCUUCUUUUUUGGCAUUCGGACAAGAAAAAAACUGUACUGGGGUGUGCACGCCCUAAUGCAUACUGAUCCUUUCCUCUCAAUAUUUUUUUUCUUUCUCUCUCGAUCUCUACUGUAAUACUAUUCGAUAUCGACAUUAUUUUUAUGAACACGCAUGCUGUCUUGUUCCCGGGCUGGUA